GUGGGGCUUUUGAGUUUAGACCCUUUAGUGUAUGUAUUCUGGGUUCAGUAGUAGUCAUGGGUAGACAGCCUUGCUGUGACAAGCUCGGAGUGAAGAAGGGGCCAUGGACGGCCGAGGAGGACAAGAAACUCAUCAACUUCAUCCUCACCAAUGGCCACUAUUGUUGGCGCGCCGUCCCCAAGCUCGCCGGACUCCGCCGCUGCGGCAAGAGCUGCCGCCUUCGUUGGACUAACUACCUUCGGCCCGACCUGAAGAGAGGCCUUCUUAGUGAAGCUGAAGAACAACUGGUCAUCGACCUUCAUGCCCGUCUGGGAAACAGGUGGUCGAAGAUUGCAUCGGGGUUGCCCGGAAGAACUGAUAAUGAGAUUAAGAAUCAUUGGAACACCCACAUCAAGAAAAAGCUCAUUAAGAUGGGAAUUGAUCCAGUGACCCAUGAACCACUUCAUAAACAAGCCGCUGCUACUACUACAGAACUACCAUCCUCUCCUGCUGAUCAUCAUGAACUUACAGAAUCUAAUAAUCAUGGAUCAUCAUCGUCGUCAGAAGCCGGUGGCCGUGUCAUAUCGGAAGACAAUUCGAGCUCAUCAACAGCUGAGAAUUGUUCCGGAGAUGAAUCUCGGUUGUCGGAUAACAACUGGGUCGAUGGCUCAUUGAUGAGUUGCCUGUGGGGUGAUGACGAACCGCCUCAGGAAGCCUCUUGGAAUAAGUCUCCGGUGACCGGAGAAACAUAUAACAACGUCGACGUUGGACUGCCGUCCUGGGAGGAUAAUUGUGCAUGGUUAUUGGAUUGCCAGGAUUUCGGGGUGGAGGAGUUUGGUUUCGGUUAUUUUGACGACUUAGCCAUGGACAUGAACGCGUUAGAGAAUGGUGAGAAGCUCUAAUAUGCACACCCACAGGUCCACAAGGGUAACACCGUAACAGACUGCCUUCGCCCCUCAAGCACACAGACAAGACGAUAGAAAAAGCAGAAUCAGUGCUUCACUUUUAGGACUACUUUUUAGCCUUCGAUUUCAUUUUUGUUUAGGUUAUGGAAUCUGUGACUGCGAGUCCAACCUCCUGUCCCAAGAACUAGAGGUCUCUCACCCACCAAUGAUGAAAACAAAAAUGAAAGCCGGCAUUGAAAGAACAAGUACAAAAGCUGGCCCCUUCUCUGCUGAUCCCUAGCUUAAACGUAUUUUGUUCUCUGAGACUGUAAAGUGUUCAGACUUCAGACUUCAGAUGGGUCUUUGUGAAGAUUAAUUAGAUUAUCUUUCAUCUUUGUAGACAUAUGCUUAAGUAACAACCCAAUAAAGAAAAAACCAGUUUAUUAGUUAUGGUUUGUAGAAGAAAUUCAGA